GGGCCCUAUCAAGACAUCCUUGAAUUCAUGAUGGCUAGUCGAGACGAGUGUAAAAACUUCUGGAAGAUCUGUGUUGAAUACCACUCGUUUUUCCGCUUGUUUGAUCAGCCUCAGCCCAAAUCCAAAGCAAUCCUUUUUACUCGAGGCUCCUCCUUCAGAUACAGUGGACGGACGCAGAAGCAGCUUGUUGAAUAUGUCAGAGAAAAUGGAGCAAAGAGGACGCCUUACCAGAGGAGGAACAGUAAAGUCAGAAUGUCUGCUCGCUCCUUCACAACCGAUCUGCCAAAACAGAGCUUGAUAUUCAGUGAUUGUCCCCGGGACCUGAGCUUCUCGUCCUCCAUCGCUGAAUCCUUCCAGCCAGUCCACAUGUCAAAGAUUCUUCCUCGGACUGAACUUCCACCUCAACCCCAACCUUUGUCCCCACUGAGCCAAUCUCCAGCACCUCCUCAGCAGCAACAGCAGCCCCCUCUGCAAACCACUAGACCCCCCAGCCCUCCGAAGGAAGAUCCCGUUAAGGCUGCUUCCACGUCGCACUUCUCGUUUCAAGAUUCAGUAGUGGACGCUCCUCAGCUCUCACCCCUCACCUCCAAGGGUUCCCUCUGCGUGUCGCCCUCCUUCCAGAUGUCCACCCUCAGCCUGCCCAGCCAGGCCCCGUCUCCUCUGCAGAGCCCCAUCCUGAGCGAGGUGGGCAGCACUGCCAGGCUAGAGGAGGAGGAGGAGGGCAGGAGGAAGCGUUAUCCCACUGACAAGGCCUACUUUAUUGCCAAAGAGAUUCUGACCACAGAGCGAACCUACCUGAAAGACCUCGAGGUCAUCACUGUGUGGUUCCGUAGUGCUGUGAUCAAAGAAAACGCCAUGCCCGAGGGUCUGAUGACCCUCCUCUUCUCCAACAUCGACCCCAUUUACGAGUUCCACCGAGGCUUCCUGAAGGAGCUGGACCAGAGGCUGGCUCUCUGGGAGGGACGCUCGAAUGCACACAUUAAAGGCGAUUACCAGAGGAUCGGUGACGUGAUGCUGAAAAACAUGUGUGCUCUUAAGGAAUUUACCAGCUACCUGCAGAAACACGAUGAGGUCCUAACAGAGCUGGAAAAGGCCUCUAAGAGGCUGAAGAAGCUGGAGACGGUCUACAAAGAGUUUGAACUGCAGAAGGUGUGCUACCUGCCUCUCAACACGUUCCUGCUCAAACCCAUCCAGCGCCUCAUGCACUACAAGCUCAUCCUGGAGAGACUCUGCAAGCAUUACUCCCCUGCUCACAGGGAUUACAACGACUGCAAGGAGGCUCUACAGGAAGUGGCGGAGAUGGCCACGCAGCUUCAGAGCAGCCUCAUCCGGCUGGAGAACUUCCAGAAGCUCACGGAGCUGCAGAGAGACCUGAUCGGGAUCGAGAACCUAACGGCUCCAGGCCGGGAUUUCAUCCGAGAGGGCUGUCUGUACAAGCUCACCAAGAAGGGGCUGCAGCAGAGAAUGUUCUUCCUGUUCUCAGACAUGCUCCUCUACACAAGCAAAGGCGUCACAGCCACCAAUCAGUUCAAAGUGCACGGACAGCUGCCACUCCACGGCAUGAUCCUCAUAGUGUUGGACGCUCCGGUUGAGGAAAGUGAAAACGAAUGGUCAGUCCCGCACUGUUUCACCAUUUAUUCUGCUCAGAGGACGAUCGUUGUGGCUGCCAGCUCCAAGAUGGAGAUGGGGAAGUGGAUCGAGGAUCUGAACAUGGCCAUCGACUUGGCCAAGAAGUCUCAAGAGAAGUCCAGCAUUUUCCUUGACACUGGCCUCACUGACCACUCCAACCGAUCAUCUGAUGAGGUUUCUCUAGGGCAGGAGUCAGAGGAUGACAUGAACUCCUCUCGCACGUCACUGGAUAAGCAGACGCACCAUCGUGCCAACACAACCAUGCAUGUGUGCUGGCACCGCAACACCAGUGUGUCUAUGUCUGAUCACAGCCAGGCUGUGGAGGUACUCCUCCUUCGCCUCAGUGACCCACACACACCUCUACAUAAUCAAACUCACGUGCUCAUUUCACUCUUCAGCUCUCCAGCCGUCUCGCCUGAGCUUCCUCCUCGUUACCUUCUUGGUCAGGGACAAAGACCAAACACCAUCACACAUGUUUGCUGGUACCGAAACCAGAACCUUUCUCUCACUGAUUACCUGCGCAUGAACCAGAACCAGCUGUCCGGUUACCUCCUGAGGAAGUUCAAGAACAGCAACGGCUGGCAGAAACUCUGGGUGGUUUUCACCAACUUCUGCUUGUUCUUCUACAAAACUCACCAGGACGACUUCCCUCUGGCUAGCCUCCCCCUGCUCGGCUACACAGUCAGCACCCCCGACGAGUCGGACGGCAUCCAGAAGGAGUACGUCUUCAAGCUGCAUUUCAAGUCUCACGUUUACUUCUUCCGAGCAGAGAGCGAGUACACCUUCGAGAGAUGGAUGGAGGUGAUCAAGAGUGCUGCGAGCACUGUGGGCCGAAUGAGCCUGCUCAUACCUAAAGGUGUGGAGAUGAACGGAAACUGACUGAAACGUUGUGUAUCUGGAGGCUGGGCCUCUGGGGCAGUCUAGUCUCAAUAUUAGUAAAGAUUUGGAUUUAAAUAACUGGAGACUGAAUGAAACUGCCAAAAUAAGUGUUUUUCAGCUUCCUUCUAAUGGUUUGUGUAUUUUUUUAUAGUGAUUUAAAUGUUAACAUACACCUCAGUAUAAGGGAUGUAAUGAAAGGGAGAUUUGUACAUUAUCAAUGGUUUGCAUGUUUAGAGCUGAGUGUGGUUCUUUACGUAGACUGAAGGAAUAGUUUAUGGGACCAGCCACAGUGCAAAGGGCUUUUUUUGAUUCCGUUUGAAGAACUCCUGCAUCACGAGUGAAGCUUCGCUGCGUACAGGAUGCUACUUUGACAGAGGUCCAGAUGGAGCCGUACGUGAAACAUGAAGGUACUGCCAGAAUGUGUUCAGAGUUUUGUUUACAGUAAACACGAGUGUGUUCCAUAUGAAGGCGAGCAGAAAUGUAAUAAAAUGUGAAAUAAUGUUGAAGACAAAAAGUUGGGAAGUUCUGUGUAAUUUGGUUCUGCACCUCUGACCCAGCUUGGGUCUUUGGGAGAGUUCCU